AGCGCCGGCCUCCGCCUCCCUGGGCUGUCAGUCACCAGAGCAGCACCCGGCCGGAAGCGCUGGGACAGAGGCUGCUUAUUUUAAACCUACAAAUUCAAAAUUGUAACACGGUUGCAAUGCGGAUAUUUUUAUUUUAGGACGUCCAUCAUUUGCCAGCAGCGGUUUUUGGAGGAAACGAGCAGUGCAAAAGGAAGAGGGAAAGUGUUUGCUUUAGUGCAGGACUGGUACGCAGUGGGGAGAGCACAGAGGACUGAGAGCAUUGGUUUAUUGAGCUGUGUAUGUUGCAUGAAAUCUCAGUUUUUUUUGUUUUAUUUGAAGACGUAUUUUAAUUCUGGGUAUCAAACGCGCUCGUCAAUAAAGUAUUCACAGGGGAAUGUUGGAGUGAAGCAAGGUGGGGAGGGUUAUUUUUAAGGGGAGCUGCUGUUUUAGGUUAGAUAUGCCGAUAACUAAAUGGUAAGGAGCUUAUUCUGCAGCUGCAUUAAAAAUAAAAGGAGAAUAGGCUCUUGACAUCUUAAGAAGAACCAAGACAGGAGGCGCAGCAUAAGUGUACAUACUUUUUUCUCGGUCUGUUCUGUUGUUAAAGAGACCGACCCUGAAUUUGAACGUGAGCUGUCAUUAUUAGGCAAAAUUAAGUGUAAAACAUGGCUACAGUCAGUGGCAUUGCCUCAUCAAUUGCGAGUAAAACGAAGACGAAGAAGAAACAUUUUGUUGCUCAGAAAGUCAAGCUGUUCCGUGCCAGCGACCCUCUGCUGAGCGUCCUGAUGUGGGGAGUUAACCAUUCUAUUAAUGAACUGAGCCACGUUCAGAUCCCAGUUAUGCUGAUGCCUGAUGACUUCAAAGCCUAUUCUAAGAUAAAGGUGGACAAUCAUCUUUUCAACAAAGAAAAUAUGCCAAGCCAUUUCAAGUUCAAGGAAUAUUGCCCAAUGGUCUUCCGCAAUCUCAGAGAAAGGUUUGCCAUUGAUGACCAAGACUUCCAGAAUUCGCUGACCAGAAGCGCGCCACUCACAAGCGACUCCCAAGGGCGCAGCGGGGCUCGUUUCCACAUGACCUACGACAAGAGAUACGUGAUCAAAACCAUCACCAGCGAAGACGUCGCAGAGAUGCACAACAUACUGAAGAAAUAUCACCAGUUUAUCGUCGAAUGCCACGGAAACACGCUUCUGCCACAGUUCCUGGGCAUGUACCGGCUCACGGUGGAUGGAGACGAGACCUACAUAGUUGUUACAAGAAACGUUUUUAGCCACAGACUGUCUGUUUACAGGAAAUAUGAUCUGAAGGGCUCUACCGUGGCCAGAGAAGCUAGUGACAAGGAGAAGUUCCACAUCCGAUCUCUCCGAAUCAAAGGAAGCAGUAAAGAGUCUUCUUCGAGAGCCCGCGGCAGUGGGGACACUUGCCACUCGAAAUCUUUUAACCAGGCCAAAGAGCUUCCAACGUACAAGGACAAUGACUUCAUCAACGACGGUCAAAAGAUUUACAUCGACGAAAACAACAAAAAGAUGUUUCUGGAGAAACUGAAAAAAGAUGUGGAGUUCAUGGCCCAGCUGAAGCUCAUGGACUACAGCCUGCUGGUGGGUAUCCACGACGUGGAGAAGGCAGAGCAGGAAGAGAUGGAGUGCGAGGAGAACGAGGGGGAGGAGGACGCCGAGAGCGAUGGCACACACCCUGUGGGGACCCCCCCGGACAGCCCCAGCAACACCCUGGACAGCUCCAAGCCCAUGGGCCCUGGGGAGUUUGACCCCGCCAUCGAUGUUUACGCCAUAAAGAGCCAUGAGACUGCUCCACGGAAAGAAGUUUAUUUCAUGGCGAUAAUUGACAUUCUCACACAUUACGAUGCAAAAAAGAAGGCUGCCCAUGCUGCCAAAACGGUUAAGCACGGGGCUGGUGCAGAGAUCUCGACUGUGAAUCCAGAGCAGUAUUCCAAGCGGUUCUACGACUUCAUCACCAACAUCUUGACAUAGUCUGCCACCGGGGCGCGGGGCACAGAGGGACAAGUGACAGAGGGGCCCCAGCAGUGUCUGGCGAGGGGCGGGCACACAGCCUGAGUUGGCCUAUCACAGAGCAGCUACAGUCG